AUGCAUCCCAACCUCCGAACUGUGGCAAUGCCUAUACUCCCCCCUCUUAUACGAUUCGGCGGAUCCUCUCGCCAUUUCGCUUCUACUUCCUCUCACAAUCCGGUCCAUCCUCGUCCCCAACGACCGGUCCAAUGCACGCGGUGCAUCUCUACUUCAUCUCCCGCUCUCCCUCGUCAUAACCUUUCACGAUUCCGUGAUAACAACGCAUCGUAUCGGAAUAUUGCAACUACCGCUACGGCGCCUGGUGCAAUGUUCAGUCAUCCCGCUCCUGAACCCGGUGCCGAUUUCAACGUUGUGAUGAUCGGUGCAGGUAACAUAAUGUUCGGAUCUGAUGAAGGUCCUUGGAACCAUUCUUUCCGAUUCGAACACAAGCUGGGUCCUCGACUCAAGGUUACGGCUCUUAUCGAUCCGUCGACCGCUCGUGCAGACAAAGUAUUGGAGGGAAAGAGACAGUCUUUCGUUGAAUCUGCAUACAAAGACACCAAGGUUUUCAAGACUAUCGAAGAUUACCACAAUCAUCUGAAAGAAACCAAGACAUCCAGUCCCCAUGCUAUCGUCGUCGGUUGUCCUCCAGCUUACAGAGGUGGUACUACCAAAGGCACUGAUCUUGAAAUAAAUCUGCUUAAGCUUUUCCCUAAAACCGCUUACUUCAUCGAGAAGCCCGUUGGUACUGGUACCGUCGAAGCUGCCAAAGAGGUUACCCAAAAGCUCAUAGAUAACGGCAACAUCGUAUCUGUCGGUUAUAUGCUUCGAUACCUCCGAUGUGUCCAGAAGAUGAAGCAAAUCAUCCACGACAAUGAUCUUACCGUCAUCGCCACCAACGCUCGUUAUUCUUGCGCUUAUGAAGCGAUUGCCAAGCCUGCAUGGUGGAACAAAGCAAUUGACAUGGGACCUGUUAUUGAACAAGGUACUCACUUUUGCGACUUGUCUAGAUACUUUGGUGGUGAUGUAGACAUCAACAGUGUCGUGGCCCGAUCCGUUGAAUGGUACGAGAAACCAGGACAACUCUCUAAGAUCCCCAUUGACGAGAGUAAGAUCGAUGAAGAUCUUCGUAUUCCCCGUCUCACUUCGGCUACUUGGAAGUACAGUAACGGUGCUGUCGGAUCUUUCCAACACGCCGUUGCUUUGCAAGGAACUGCCUACGCAUGCGAGUUGGAGGUCUGGGCAGAUGGUUACCUCAUGAGACUUGUCGAUCCAUACCAAAACCCGACUCUUUUCGUUCGACGACCUGGGGAUGACCACGAAGAAAGACACGUUUUCACCGACGAUGAUCCCUUCUUCUCCGAAGUUUCAUCUUUCAUUGACUGCAUCGAAGGUGGUCCCGAUCCUCACAUCCUCUCCUCAUUUGAGGAUGCCACCAAGACUUAUGAACUUACAUGGGCUAUCCGAUUAGCUGCUGAAGCUGCUAAAUGGCCUCAAGUCAAAGCUUAG